AUGUCCGUCAAGGAAAGAGAAGCCAAAUCUGCCGUUGGAGGAGCCCAUCGCUCCAUCCAGGAUCUCUUCCAAAUGGACGAGCGAACGGUUCUCAUCACCGGCGGCGGCGGCGCAAUGGGCUUAGAAGCCGCGCGCACAAUCCUUGAAAGUGGCGGCGACGUGAUCUGUCUCGAUCGACAGGACGAGCCUCUCGCAGAGCCAUGGAAAACGGUCGAAGAGACCGCAUCUCGUCAUGCCACUAAAGUAUGGUACUUCCGAUGCGACAUCGGAGACGAGGGUCAUGUUCGCGCAACAAUCUCCAACUCUGUAUCGAAAACGCGGUUCCCCUUGCGCGGGUUGCUCUGCUGCGCUGGUAUCAGCGGCGAAGGGCCAUCGGUCGAGUAUCCCAUCCAAGGCGUUCGUCGGUUGAUGGACAUCAACGUGGUGGGAACGUUUGUGUGCGCGCAGGCAGUAGCGCAGGAGAUCAGAAAACAUGGAUUGCCGGGGAGUAUGGUGUUGAUUGCGAGCAUGAGUGCCCACGGUUCGAACAAGGGCAUCGACACUGCCGCCUACAAUGCGUCGAAAGCGGCCAUCGUGCAGCUGGUGCGCUCCCUGGCAGCCGAAUGGGGCAGUCGAGUCGAUAUUCCUCUGAUCCGCGUCAAUUCGAUUUCCCCCGGGUACAUCAGAACGCGGAUGACGGUAGAAUCGCUGGCGCAGCCAGGCAUGGAGGAACAGUGGAUGCAGGAUAACAUGUUGAUGCGCCUGAGCGAGGCGCACGAGUAUCGUGGAGCCAUCCUGUAUUUACUCAGCGACGCCAGCAGCUUUGUGACGGGGGCGGAUCUGAGGGUGGAUGGAGGGCAUACAGCGUGGUGA